AUGAGGAUCCAGAAGCAGCAGGUCAUUGUCCAGACUCUCUCCUUCAUCCACAUCCCUGUGGCCUUCUUCUUCUUCUUCUUCUUCUCAGCAGCGUCCGCUCAGGCAGACAGCAGCAGCAGCGUGGUGGUGGCGGGCUAUAACGUCAGCGCCCCGGCCGGCUCCAGCACGGUGCUGCAGUGUGUGAGCGGCCGCAUGGUGUGGACCAGGGACGCGGUGAGGGACAGGCAGAGGGUGGUCCACUGGGACAUGUACCGGCCCGAGCCGGACUACGCCAUGGAGAGGGUGGUGGACAUGUUCUCCUCGGGGGACCAGAGGAUCUACAACUCUUACAACCCGGGCCGGGUCGGCCUCAACCCGACGGCCUUCAAGGACGGAAACUUCUCUCUGGUCAUCAAAGAUGUGACCAUGAACGACAGAGGUCUGUACUCGUGUAACCUCCACCAUCUCUACUGCCACCUCCACGAGACCAUCAGGGUCCAGCUCAACGUCACCAAGUCACGGCGGAAGGAGCAGCGCUUCUGGGACGGGCACAAAGCCGUGUACGUGGUGCUGCUCGGGAGCACGGCGGUGCUGCCGUGCGUCAACCGGCGGACCGUCUGGACGGACUGGAGCAAUGAGGAGGAGGACCAGCAGGUGGUGCACUGGGAGCGUCAGUCCCCUGGGAUCCGCCAUGACAGCGCUGACCGCCUGGUGGACCUGUACGCCUCCGGGGAGCAGCGCAGAUAUGGCGCCCCGCUCCUCCAGAGGAAGAUGAACAUCAGCGAUCGAGCUUUUGCAGAGGGGGACUUCUCACUCACCAUAUUUGACCUGCAGCCCACAGACCAGGGUGUGUAUUCCUGCCACCUCCACCAUCACUACUGUGGUCUGCAUGAGAGGAGAGUGUUUCAGCUCACAGUGGAGCCGCCGCUCGUCCAGACGACUGCUGCAGCCAAGGCCCUGCCCAGCGGAGACAAAGACGCGACGAAGGCCGAGUCACCGCGAGUCAUCACCGUCAUCCUGCCCGAGCAGAGGCACCACUUCCUGCUGCCGCUGGGCUACGUCCUCACCUCCUUCCUGCUGCUGGCUUUCAUUAUCCUCAUCGUCAUCCUCGUCACGCGACGGCGUCGAACCAAAGAAUUCUACCCUCAAUCCUCCAUGAGGUCCAGCCGGAGCCACAGCAGCUCGGACCAGUUCGAGAUGGACGUCGCCGAGGUGAACGCGUGCAGCCGGGAGGAGGGAAGAUUCGACUACAAGAACAACCUGCUGAAGGAAAAGGUCCGCGUGAACACGCAGCCAAAGGUCAUCGACCUGGAUAGAGAGAUGCAGAAGUUUUCAAAGUGAGAAAGCAGUGAAAUCGGAGAGACUGGCUGGUCCAGAGGCUGCUCCAAACCAAACACCGAUACGUGGCCUUCUGCGCUGCUGGAAGGAUCAAAAGCCACAUGGACAGAAAAAAAAGAAAAAAAGAUCAGUAUUAGUCAUUGAUGUGACAUGAAAAAGGGAAAACGGUUCACAUCAAGUCUUAUGUUUUGAGAUUGCCAGUGGAUAAAUAUAAAUAUUAUAGUGAUCUUUCGCCUGGCUGGAGGACCAUUCUGCAUGGUGCUAUGGCGCCCCCCGGAGGAGGGCCCCACCUCAACACCUACAGAGGAUCAACUGAACUGACUCAGUGGAUUUAAAUAACGUGUUGCUUCCGCUUGAAUACUGCAAAUCAAGUUACAGGAGAAUGUUCUUCUUUUCACUUUGUCUUUGUUUUUUUGUCUUUGUUUUUUUUUUCCUUUUGAGGGGUGGGGGUGAAACGACU